AUGGUGCACACCAAUCUCGUCGGCGCCGCGGCUUCAUCUCGCACAGCCUCGUCGGGUUCAUUUCACGCAGGCGCCCCUAUUCCCACCCUAGGGAGCAUCGAGUCCAGCCGUCGAACCCUCACCAUGCGCCGCCAGUCAACCCAUCGAUAUCAUACUUUCCCAACACCUCCGCCAAAAACACCUCGAGAGCAGUCUUCUGCCGAGCUUUUCGACCAUUCCGACACGAGCUCCAACGCCUCAGACGAUGGCCACGACCAGACUCCCUUGCCGGUGCGCCAGCUCGCUCUGCUCGCCUUCCUCUCCCUGAGCGAACAAACCGCCCUCAACUCCAUUGGCCCCUACCUGCCACAGAUGGUCGAGGCCUUUUCCGACAUCCCUGAAUCUCAGACAGGCCUAUACGUUGGCAUUCUUGCCUCAGCCUUUGCGCUCGCUCAGUUGUCGACGAGCCUGCUAUGGGGAUACUUUUCCGACGUUAUCGGAAGAAAACCGGUCAUGGUCCUGGGCACUUUCCUGCUCAUGUGCUGUUUUGUCGCCUUCGGUUUCUGCAAAGCAUACUGGCAGAUCGUCAUUGUCCACGUUGCUAUGGGUAUGCUGAACGGCAAUGCUGCUGUGGUACCAACUGUCCUGGGUGAGGUGACCGAUCGCUCCAACCAGAGUAGAGCUUUCACCUGGUUGCCCGUCAUCUACUCCCUGGGAGGCAUUACUGGUCCCGCCCUGGGCGGCUUGUUGGUUGGUACGUUAGGGGAGAAAUACCCCUACCUCGCGCCGAAUUUGCUGAGCGCUCUGCUCCUUUUUGUCAGCGUCGUGAUUGUUGGAAUCUGGUUUGAGGAGACGCUUGAGACGCUUGAACCAAACCAGGCGGCCUGGGUCCCUUCGUGGGUCCGGAAAGCCUGGGCUUGGGUCCAAGGGCGAGGACAACCCAAGACAAACUCUUGGGCCACGCGCUGGCCCCGCCGCGGUUCGCAGGCUGUGAUGAGCGCAUCGGACGACGAGGAAGACGACGACGAAGAAGGCGCGACCGAGGACCAGGGGCUCCUGAACCCCAGAUCUGAAGAAGGCUCGGAGGCUGGCGAAGACGCGAAGUCACCCAGCGACCUCGCAACCUGGCGCCAGUUGUUGAACCGCAACACGAUCCUAGUCCUGUUGACAUAUCUAGUUUUCCAGCUGUCCAAUAUUUCUUACAACAGCUUAUACCCCAUCUUCGCCGAUGCCACCCCUCCAACGGGCCGCGGCUUGCCGCCGAGCAAGAUUGGCGUGAGUUUGAGUCUGGCUGGUGUGGCCACCAUCGUUUUCCAGGCCUUCCUCUUCCAACCCCUCAAGGUGCGACUGGGAAAUCUGGGCAGUUACCGAAUCGCCCUUUUGGGACUUGCCAUCAGCAUGGCAUUGAUGCCGUGGAUUGGCUACCUGGAUGACGAGCCGCUCUUUGGCGUUGGCACCGGUGCCACCUGGCUUUACGGCGAGCUGGGCGUCAUUCUCAUUAUCAAAAACAUUUGUGCAGUUGGCGGACUGUCAAGUGUGAUGCUACUGAUCACCAACUGUGCCCCAAACCACGCGACGUUGGGUACCUUGAAUGGCAUCGCCCAGACGUUGUCAGCAGCUGGCCGCAGUUUCGGGCCGUUUGUGUCGGGCGCACUGUUCACCGCCUCCACUCGCGUCCACCCCAAAGGCGAAGCUCUCGCGUGGGGAAUAUUUGGAGGCAUUGCCCUGCUUGGCUGGGUAGGAUCUCUGGCCAUCCGCAACCGUGGUCUUGAGAGUGACGACUGGGUCGGCGAAGAAGACGGUACUGAUGCCGAGGCCGAACCAUGA